AUGACAUUAUAUUGGAUGUCAGGUCAAAUAGAUUCAUGGAAAAUUCGUAUUGCACUUGAAGAAAAACAAUUACAAGGCUAUAAAAGUAUUAUGAUUAUUCGUUCAGAUUAUAUUGAUAAGAAUGAUAAUUUUUGGAAGGAUAAUGAAUAUGGCAUAAUACCAUCGUUAAGAAUACAAGAUAUUACAUUGAAUGGUGUUUUACCAGCUCUUUUAUUUCUUGAAACUUCAAUACCAUCAUUAUUACCUGAAUUUUCACCAGAAGAAAAAGCUCUAGUACUACAACGAGCAUUUGAAAGUUUAACAUUUCAACGAAUAUGUUCCAAAGAUCUAAUUGGUUAUUUAUUUUCAAUUGAUAACCUUAAUCCAUUAUCCAUCGAUAGAGAACUACGAGAAAAACGGGAAGAGAAUCUAUUUUUUGAAUUAAUCCGUUGGAAUGAUUACAUCACAAAAAAUUCAAUGGAUAGUAUUGCUUAUACAUCAUUUACUCUAGCUGAUAUAUUAUUCUUUCCAGACUUAGCAUUAGCUGUACGAUUUGGUUUAUCACUUGAUUAUUUCUCUCAUUUAAGUCAGUAG